GGCUGAUAUAGUAUUUUGGUGGAUGCAAUGCUGUGUUGUUGAAUUUAAAGUUUUAGAGAUAUAAAUGUAUUUUUUCAAGGAAUUAACGAUCACGCGAAUCUUCACUAGUUCAAUAUUGAGUGGAUGAGGACGGGAUCAGGGGUCGGGAUCAGCACUGUGAAUGUAAACAGAAAAAGCUGAACAAGCUUCUUUAUCACUUCAAUGGACGGGCCGCAAAACUCACCGGUGGCGCCGAUGCGGACAGGGUAUACAAAACGAGAACAUUUGGAGACGCAACCAGGAAUACAGAGUGAAUUAGAAGGGGAGGAGAAACCAAACGAUUCCAGCUCGUUGUCAAGCUUCCUGACGUACAGUAACUUCACAAUGUCGUGCAGUGGGGGGGAAACACAGGAAGAUAAUGAGCCGUCAACCAGUGGCUGCAGCUCUGUGAUGCCACAUAAGGACAUGAAGCGCAGCAAAAACGAGAAAAAAGAGCGAGUGAAGCAGUACCUUAAAGAGCUGAAGACAAUGGUUCAACCCGAUGGAAGGGGAGGCACCCUAUCUGCUCUUCAACAAGUCCUGACUAAUAUGAGGAAAAUGAAAGGAAUGGAGUUGGCGAAAACAGAAAAGAUGGUUCAACAGCCGUCAGACACGGUUGUUAGCUCUCCCUGUGCGCGCACUCAGACUCUAUACGACUCACUGUCACAUGAGAGCUUAACCUCGGAGGCGCUCAAGUUUAAUGAUGAAAUCAUCAUCUACCUGACAGCUUGUGACAAUAUGGUGCGAGGGACGUCCAAUAAUCUCCAGACUGUUCUGGGAUACAAUAGGGAUCACUGGGCCGGACGAUCGCUUGACAAUUUCCUGCAUAGGGCAGAUAUUGCUACGUAUAGGAGCAUUCUUAAGAAAAGCGAAGAGAGUCUGCUCGAUCAGUCAGAUGGAGAAUAUACUGGUGACAAAUACAAGGCCUUUUAUAUAAGACUCAGGGAGUGUAAAAGACUUGGAGCGACAGGCUUCAGUCUACGAAAGAAGGAUAAAUACCUGCCAUUCCAGUGUUCCUUUGCUCGCAAGAAAAUGUGCAAACGAGAAAUGAAGGCAGAUGCACCUGUCGGGAACCGAUCGGAUGAAAUCUCAAGCUCCGGGUAUUCGGGGUCAGUUCCGCUUUGGGGUGGUUCUUCACCUUCCGAUAAAGAAGGGAGUGGUAGCGAUGAUGAUAAAUGGUACACCGUGCUGCACUGCAUGCCCAUGGUGUCACCUUAUACAGAUGUGCAUAUGCUCCCUGAUGUCACGACAUUUGAGACCAGACAGACACUAUUCUGUAGUUUCUGCCACAUUGGGGCAAACACCAUAGCCCUUCUAGGCUACUUGCCCCAGGAGAUUGUUGGCGUGUCCAUCUUCAAGUUUUUUCACGAUGACGACCUUCAGAGACUUUUCAGUGUUUACCAGAAAGUGAUAGCUUUGAAAGGCGUGCCAUACAAGAGUGGAGCUAUGCGAAUCCUGGCAAAGAAUGGCUGCUACAUAAUGUGUGUAUCAGAGUGGUCAAGCUUCGUUAACCCCUGGACAAAGACGCUGGAGUUUAUCAUUGGGAAACACACAGUUGUCAAGGGUCCAGAAAACCCAGAUGUGUUCAGUGAAAAUUUCUUAAACACAACAGUGGAAGAGACGCCACAUGCAGUGUUGUUGGCUCGGCAGAAAAUCAAGAAUCUCUUGCUCCAACCUGUGGAGUCAAUAUACCUGGAAGAAGAUUCAGAAUCAAGCCUUAAAAAAGGUCCAAGACAGUCCCAUGUGGCCAUAGCAGAAGAGAACAAUCAGGUAUCAUUGGUUGAAUCAUCCUCGUCAGAGGUGAACUUCAAAAAGGACACGUUACUCAGCGUCGACCCAGAUAAACAAGGACUUCACGGGACGGGCAUUCUGUUUAAGGAGAAUGCCAUCCUCAGAGCGUAUGAGCAGCUCAGCUAUACCAGUUGUAUCAAGAAGUUCCUGUUGAGUAUGCCGCAGUGUUUCUCAAGCGACUCGGAAGCAGAAGGGUUUGACGACGAUUCUAAAGCUAUAAGUCUUUCAGCAAGCAAACCCAUUGGAAAAUGGAUCAACACAAGCAUCGACGAUUUAAUGUAUGAGAAACAUGUAAAAAUGUCACAGAUGUCCGAGGAAACACGAAGCCUGCCUGCUUUAAACGACACAUUUUGGAAGAGUUCGAAUAUCAUCUCCAGUGAAGAGUAUGACUUUGAUAUCCGAGUCCCCAAGCCGCCAAGCUUUGGUAGUAGCACAAAGGUCCUAGUGUCUGAGCAAGAACAUCGUGACAUCGAAAACCUCCUGGACCCGGUCAACAUUCGGGACAGUCUGAAACAUGGGCCGACCCUUUCAGAGACCCAUACAGAAGCUGAGACAUCGCCUGUCAUGCACCUGACACGUGAGUCGCUAUGGAAACACACACUGCUACAGGAACAACUCUAUCUCGCGUCAGCAAGUCCCGAGAGGAACGUGUUAUUCUUAAAUGAAUGUAGAGACAACGAAAGCUACCAGGGCAGUAAGAAACGAAAUGCGUUAAAACGUAUUCACUCACCGGAUAUGAGCCUCGAUCGAUGCAAAAGUGGUCGAAAUAGCGAAGGUCAUGGCGGACCAACACAGACAUCGAUAUUAAAUCCGAUAUUCCCAUUGGUGGCUUUCGAUAGGUACAGAGAUAGUUACAGAAAUGGGAGGAAGGAAAAACAAGUGGUUGUGCCUAUGCAGAUGUUCCCGAUUGUAGCAACAUCAUCGGGAAAUCAAGGGCAGAUGAAUCCUUGUAUCACGGAAUCUUCAGGCAUGUGUAACUCACUUGGUGUGGAAAUCCGGCAAGGAGAAAUGAUGGGAUUCCAGUCACGGGCAGGCGGCCAGACGCGUGUAACCAAUCUAGGGCUCCCAAUUCCUAGACACCAGCUGAAUAGUUACCUCAUGCAACAGGGAAACAUGCUGGGGUCCAAGUCUAGACCCUGUAGAAAACAGCAAGAGAAGAUAAAGUCGGAGCUGGCAAGUUCUGACACAUCUUCGAUGGAGGAGACGAUGUCAUCAUUUUACGUGCUCGAGACUACGGGGGACUCAGUAAGACAGACAUACAACCAACUGGUCCUACAAUCACUGGCCCAACAGGUGGACGGCAGAAGUGGCCUUGAUCCGGCCUCCUGGCUUCAGCUGGUCAAUUUCACCGACACCAUCCAGUACCGCUUCCAGCUCCAGCGGCCUAAACAUCGGUCUUACCGACUGAUUAAAAAAUUCCAGGAGCAGUUGCAGAAGGUUCCUCAGCCUUUGACUGUGUUAGAUCAGAUUGAUGAGGUCAUGGCGGGAUUAGAUGGUUUACCCCUUGUGGACCAGGAACAGGACUAUCUGAUAUUUGGUUCCGAGCCAAACAACUUGUGUUCAUGCGUGGAGUCUGUGUGUUGCCGAGGUCUGGCCAUAAAUGACCAUGGGAUAACAAAAGCGUAUAAACGCUACAAUAAGAAAGGAAAUAAGAAAGGAAAAAAGAAGGAAAAACUGUCAAAAGAUUUAGCAGUACGGACUAAAAAUAAUUCAAUGCAAACUGAACAGAAUUUUACAAUGGAAGUUGAUGAUAAUGAGAAUGAUCAUGAGGCAGAUUGUGGCCCAGAUCGAUGUCAAGCAACAAAGGAUGUGUUAGAAUUACCGUUCAAUGAAUCGACAGACAAAUCUUCUAAAUGUGGCUCGUGUUGUAGUAACAAAAGCGAGGAGGGGUUUCUACAAUGUGAUAUGAGCGUAGACUCUGGAAAUUCAUUAAACGCUAGCGAUAUCACGCCAAGUGAUCAACGAAGCAACAACGAAAAUGGCAGCUCUUUAAAAGAGUCUGAUGCAGACGCUAUGUCGAAAAAGUCAGAUUCUAGCUCUUGUGAUAAACAAACUAGUUCAUCAGAUUCAGAAUCAGAUAUACAGAACAAAUGCUACGAUGACAUCUUUAAGAGCUUAUUUACGGAUUUAUCUAUAUGUUUUCGACAGUGGCAUUCAGACAUGGUGCCAUGGUUGGUAAAUGUGGAUUUUGAUGACAAAUUACAAAUGAACUACCACAUGGGUACGCAAGACCAAGAACGGGUUUUACAGCAUGAUAGAACACAGUUAGAAGCUCUUGUUGAGCCGGAGUUAGUACAAGCUCAGUUACGUGCUUUGAUGGAAGAAGUUGGUUCAAAUAUAGAUUUCGGAUCUGUCAUGCUGGGGGAUGACCCGAGUCCCAUGGUAACGGAAUUUGACUAAGUUCGGGUGAAUGGUUUUAGUAUAUAAACAGUGAUGAUGUGUUACAAUUUGGGCAUUUUGUUUUUCACUGUGGACAGCAAUUUCAUAUGUAUGUAGCAAUGUGUGCAUUCUUUAAUAAUGCAUCCUAAAGGUGUUUUUUGUUGGAAGUUCAUGGACGCAGAAAUACAUUACUGACGAUUUUUGUCCAUAGCUUCAACUGAUUUCAUUUAGAGUUGUGUGGAAGAACAUCGAAUUACAUUUAAUCGAAUCGAGUGUGUAGCAAUUGCGAAGUGAGGUUGAGAUUAUAUCAUCAGGUUUUAUUUUCAUAUUUCGUACAACGCCGAUUAUAUAUAUAGCUUCAGCUAGAAGGAUAUAAAUUGUUUUGAGCAGGGAUCUUGAAAUCAUGUCUAUAGGUCUGAGAAAUUAAGAAAAAUAAAUAAACAAGGUGGUAUUUUCUUAUCCCAACAAACAUCAGACCCUUUCCCACCAUCCCGCUUUAACUAAUUGACCCGAGAAUAUUUCAAGAUCCCUGAUUUUUAAGUUGUAUAAAUAUUUGUUUUGUCACUAUGUUUUUUUUGGUUUUGGUUCUAUACUAAUUUAGUUCAUUUAUAUAUUAACAUUAUUGGUGCAUGUGUAAUGUUUCAUGAAUACUUGUGAACAUCAAAGGGAAUUAUUUAUUUAAGCCAAAACCGUGAUAUUUAAUGAAUAAAAUGUUAUUUUAAUUAUG